AACCACAAUUCCCAUGACUCCUCUGUGCACAUUGUCACACCUAACGCCAUGAUGUCUGCAGCAUAUUCGUGUUGUCUUUGUACGAAACGACGCCGAGAUGUUUGAGUGGACAAGUCAUAGAAACAUAUGAGCAAGUGCAUAUUAGAAGCCAGGAGGCAGGGAGCCAUGCAGAGUCCUACCCAGGCAAACAGCGAGUCGAAGCCCGGUACCACAGCAACCACAGAGCACCCGCUGGCCUCUCUGACUGAGGCACAGCCAGCACAAAGUGAAUCGGAUGCAAAAGAGAAAAAUAAGUCAUUGGCUCCUGGGGAGACUGAAACAGUAAUCACAUCACUGGAAAAUAAGACUGGGGUGCAAACAGCAGAAACACCUGCAACUGCGGGAGUCACACAAGCAGUGGAGAAUGAGACCCCUGUUCAAGCACCAAGAGAGACCUCAGAAAACACCGCCACAGGGAUGCAGAUAGACUCUGCUUCAAAGCCAAGUGCUUCCACAGAACCUGAUGCAAAUUUGAAUCCUGGUUGUGAUGGACAAAAGGCAAAAAAACAGGAUAAAGUUGUACGUGAUGGUAGGAAAUAUGUUCCUUCCAAGAAAGCCAUGAUAGAUCCUUUGAAGAUGGACAUGUCCAAACCACUGGUUAUCCCUCUAACAUCAUCUCAACUCUCCCUGCAGUGCAUCGAGUGCCACAUAAUCUUCAGUGAUCCCAAGAGCAAAGAGCGUCAUCUGAAGUUGAGCCAUCCAGCAGAAUAUGAACAAUGCAUACUGAGGAAUGCCCUUUUUGCAUGUUAUGUUUGCGACCGCCACUUCACAAACUCCACUGAGCUCAUGGCCCACCAGAAAGCCCACGUAGAGAAGAAACCCUUCAAGUGUCCAAUCUGUGGUCAGGCCUUCAACAAGUCAUCAGAGCUCACGCUUCAUAAAAAAAUUCAUUUUGGCCAGGAUGGAUAUGCCUGCACUGACUGUGGCAAACCCUGUAAAACACUGACAUUGCUCAAGUACCACCGCCGCACACACACUGGAGAGAGGCCGUAUGUUUGCAAGGAGUGUGGAAAGAGGUUCACGAUGCCUAAAGCUCUGCAGAAACAUAUUGUGUCACACUUGCCAGAGGGAACUGAAGGAGAUGAGGGAGACACCACUGCCAAAGCACAACCAAAGAAAAAUGAUGGUCCUUCUACAGUUAAGUAUUGUUGCUCUGUAUGCAAGGCCACCUUCAAGAGUACAAAGACACGGCUACGUCACAUGAAAACUAAGCACAAUGUGUUGCCUGCUGCAACCAGUAAUCCCCUCCCAACUGGACAGCAAGUGAAAGAAAGUACACCCAUCAUAACUCCAAUAUCGAUUUGCCAACCAGCACUAUUGCAGGUGGAGCCCAAUGGACCUCUGCAAAAAGUUGAUGCCAAUAUUGACACCGAACAGAUUCGUAAACUUAUUGAAUCUUUAGGAAAUGUGCAGAAAGUGAACCAAGUUGUCAUACUGGGGCAGGUGCCACCUAAUGCCCCACCACUGGAAGUGCAGCAGAUAUCACAACUGGCAGAACCAGAGAGUUUAAAUCUAAAUCCUCCGCAGAUAGAUUUUAUUGGAAUGAAACAGUCAGAAUCUAAGAUAGUUGAACUGAGCUCUUCAAACAAUCCAUGUGAUUCAAUGGAGCAAACAAUUAUACUUGAACCCAUUACGCCAGAUGGACAGUUGGAAAACCCCUCUUUCUCAGAACUAGGUUCCCACAUAGCCACAGGUAAAAAUACAGAGCUAACACUUGUUCAGAGUGAACAGACAGACAGACCUGAAGGGGAAGUGAUGCAUCAGAUCCUUCACCAGCAUGAAAUUGGUGUAGUUCAGUCUGACCCUGUAGAGCAAAUGGUUUGUCAGAAUGAGGUAGCUGACCUCAAACAAAACCUUGCACAAACAGUCAUAUUAGAAUUGACCCCUGCCUUGAUACCAACUGUGGAGCUGGAACAAUCUCAAAAUGUGCCACAAAAUGAAAUCCUGCCUUCCUCUCUGGUACCAACCACUGAACUGGAGAAGACUCCUGAUCAGACCAUAAUAGAUGAGCAGGAGACCAGGCUGUCUGUCCCACCACUUAUGCCUACAGUUGAGUUGGAGCUGACACCUUUACAAUCAGAGCAACAGGAACUUCCCUCUUGCCCUUUUGUUCCACCAGACACACUUGCACAAACUCCAGGUGAUUCUGAAACUAGUGCCAAAGAAGAAGUUGCACAGAUGCAAACGGUAAGUUUAGAUCAGGUCCGUUCUGUGCUGGAUGCAGCUGCUCCACAAGAGACGCAGGAAAGGGCUGAACAAAAACUAUCUGAGAAAUUGCUGGUAGAUGGCAAGGAAGGUCAGGAGCAGGUGGAGCACCUGUCUGAAGUAAACGAUACAGCUGCUAAAGACAAGGCUCCAUCACAACUAAAGGUCAAGCAGGUGCCACAGAUCUCAGAGGUACCUGUAAAUGUAAUGUCAGCUCAAGAACUGGUGAAAGUGCGGAAAAGAAAGCCAGCUAGGGCAUUUAUCUUUCAAGGAUAUAUGCAAGAACUUGUCAGCGCCAUACACAUGGAUGAUUUACAAAUAGGUGCCAAACCUGCCAAACGCCAAAGAACAAAGAAGUCUCGUCUUGUUGUUAAAUUUGGUCCACAAAGCAAAGAGAAGAAAAACAAACAGAAAAAAACAUCACAGCAGCAUCAGCCAACACUAGAAGGACAUAUGACAACAACUCUCUCAGACAAAAAAGUAGCAUCACAGAACAAGGGAAGAAAAGGGAAAAAGGACAAGAAAGCAGAGCAUUUGGUAUCUAUAGCAGAAAUAAAAUCACACUCAUUAACACAGGACCCACAGAGGCAACAAAUUAAGGAGGAUACAAGAAAAAAUAAAAUGAAAAAGCAAAAAGAAGAAUCAAGGAAAGAUGUCAUACACAUGAGUGAACACAAAACUGCAGCUUCAACUAUGUUUAAAAAGAAAAAACAAGCAAGAAUAAUGCAAAAAGAGCAGCCCAAGACUCCAAAGGAUGGGAAGAGAAAGAAAAACCUGGCAAAUAAAGAAAAAGUCAAUAAAAAAACAAGUGCCCCUUCAGCAGACAUACCUGGCCCACACAUAAUUCAAGAGUCUUUACUUCUAUUGAAAGGUCAUAAACAGCCCCAGCUCAAAGUUUACAAGUUAGACCCUUCAAAGGCAUCAGGCCAAACACAGGAGGCAUCACCUCAUGAGUCCCAACAGAGUAAAGGCGACAUACAUCCAACAAGUGAGUCUACAAGUAAUCUCACAGCAGAAAGUAAGAAAAAAGGAGGAAGACCCAAGAAAAACCAGAAAGCUCUUUCAUUGCUGUCCUCACUACAGGUUUCCCGUCAACCACUUGAGACACUGCCCACUAAGCCAAAGACUUCCAGGAAACGUAAAGCCCCGUCCAAAGUGGAGACUGAAGGCGUGAUAACUUCUUCUCAUUCUAAACGUGCCUUAGAGUGUAAGGACUGUGGGGAAAGAUUUAGUGAAGUCUCGUCCCUUCAGAAGCACAAGGCAAUGGUGCAUAUUGUAGAGAGUCCCGGUCUCACUUACACCAAUGGGAACAUUUUUGAAGGGGUCUCCAGAUUGGAUCUUUACCAGCUUCCACAACAGAAUGACAAGACUGUUGGGGUGAUGAAUGCUGCUACAGACUGGGAUACUGAACUUGAGAUGGGAGAGAUGGCAUUGGAAGACAGGGAGCGAACUGUCUCCUUUCCAGCUUUGAUUCCGUCCCCGUCUUUAUCCCUUCUCCCUCCAGAUGUUGAAAUGAGUACCUAUGAAGGUAAGGGUGGAAACAGAACUGUAGAAGAUGACCAGUCUCAUACCUCUCCAGAACUUCACUCAGCAUCUCAUCAAAUUAAAAAUAGUGAGACCCUUCCAAAUUUCACAUCUGAAUCUGCUCCAAGUAUCUCUACUCAGACAAAGAGUUUGGAGACAGGAGAGCAUUUAGCAUCAGAUGAAGCCAAACAAGAAGAGGGUGCAGAAUCUCAAGUCCAGGGUACCAUGGAUGAAGACAUUAAGGAGGAUUUACUUCUUGAGGUAGAUUUAAUUACUGUUGGGGAGCAGAAUGAAAGAGGGGAUCCAACUUCUCCUCAAGAAAGUACUUCACAAAAUAAAUUAAAGGAAACCUGUAAUUCUGAGGAUCGACGUAUUGAAACACCUGUAGCACCUGAGCAAGCCCCUGAGACAAUUAAAAAAAGUCUAACUUCGCAGACUGUGUCAUGCUCCACGCAUCAAGUAGAGAUCAAGGAGGAAAAAGAAGAGGAAGAAAUUAUAAUUGGGAUGAAAAAAGAUGGAGGCAAAGGAGCUGUAACAAGGAGUGCUACAAGGGGUAGGAAACGAGGAACAGGGCGUCUAAAAAGGGGUAUGAUAUGGAAGAGAAGUUCAGGUGGAGAUACUGUCAGGGGAAUAGAAUUGGAGAAAGAACAGGAUGAAUGUCAGUUAGUUUAUGAAAAACAUCCAGUUACCUGUGAUUCGGAAAUUCAUGAUGAAGAUGAGACUGGCACAAAGAUUUUGCAACCAGGGACCGGUCCUGAAUUUGAGGCCAACAAAGCUACAGCUGCUGCCACAUGUUUGCCUUUUAUCUCCUCUACAUUAGAGGAAUCUCCCGAAGAGCAAGUUGUGUUUGAGCUGGAGUCUGUUACUACUAGUGUUGAGGAGGUAAUGAAUGAAAGAGGACUGCAGGGAGGAGAGGACCCCGACAGGGAGACUGACGAGUCUCCAGGCAUCAUAUUGGAGAAGUUCCUCACCUCUAGACAAAGAGUGACUGCUGACAUAGAGCCUUGCCAAAUGACAACAAGGAACAAUCAAAGACAGAGUUUGGACAACAUGGCUGAGAAUGAAGGACAGGUCCCUUGGAGCCAGGUAAUCAAGGCUGAAGAGAACAUCUUGGUUCCAUCGCUGGUUGCACCCACCUGUCAAAGAAGACAGAGUGCAAGUGUGCAGCCACAGCACCAUCAUGAUAUAAGGACUGUUCUGGUGAAGGAGGAGAGUAGUAUCAUGCUGAGUGAUGCUCAGGCUUCACAGGGCAGCAGACACAUCAGAUGGAAUGCAGAGCCAGUCAACAAUGAAGCCACCACCACUCCAUUAAUGGAGAGUGGGGACACAUCAAGGGACUGCUUGACCCCUGGGUUCAACACCAAUCACUGUAUCUUCUACCCAGUGAAGGAGGAGGAGAGGGAAGUUCUACUAGGACCUGCUCAGACUAACAGAGGGAUUUUAACCCCAGAAGCCCAUCAGACAGAACACCAGACAGCUGCUAGUACUUUACAAGUGAGCCAUGCUGCACAAGACUACCAGGAAAUGGGAGUGAGAGGACCUUUGUCAGAACCAGGGGUCAGUGAAUUUCCUGAUGAUCAAGGUGAAAUAAUAGAUGUUUCAGCUGAGGCAGAUGCUGAGUGGAUGCAUCCACCAGACCUCCGGGACUUUCUCCUCCAAAGUUCUGAUGAAGAGGACAUGAAUGGUUUUGAACUGCCUGAUCUUCAUCGUGACUCAGAAGCAGAAGUAAUGGCCUAUUUCUACAAGAACCAAACCAGUGGUGCACAACAGGGAGAUCAGACAUUAAAAAAUUUGCCAGCUUCAGUGAGCCAGCCCCAAGCAUCAAGAGAUGAAAACGGGACCAAAGAGCCCAUUGACUACUUUUCUACAUAUUUUGGUUGGGAUACUUGGGUAGAAAUUGCCAGCUGCACAAAAAAACUGUCCAACAUGCCUAACACCCUCACAGCCAGAGAGGUUGCACAGUUUGUUGGGAUCCACAUUGCAAUGGGAACCUUGAAGUUUCCUAGUCCGAGCCUCUACUGGGAAAACUUCACUAAGGUGCCCUUGAUUGCUGAAACCAUGCCACUGUCCCGUUUCCUCGAGCUGUCUCGCGUGUUGAAGCUAGCUUCUCCUGCAAAGGAUCCAGUCAACAGUAAUGUUAUGGAAGGGAGGCAUGCUAAUGAGUUUCAAAAUGUACAGCAAAAUAAAACUCUGCUCAGCAGGCAAGGUGUCAUUUCGCAUAGUGAUGGGGAGAAGCAAGGGGACAAGCCAAAUGACAUGAACAGAACAAAAACACAGACUGAUCCCUUGUGGAAGGUUCAGCCAUUAUUAUGUCGAUUUAAAGCAGGGUGCCAGUCACUGAGGAGAAAGGGUGAUUAUGCAGUUGACCAGUAUCCACUUCCUUUGAUUGGGAAGAUGCACAAUAACAAGCUGUCUCUCCACUCCACUACAUUAAUUGGAUAUGGCGGUUUGCUCUUACAUGUGGAUCUUAAAUUGGAUCGUUCAGGCAAAGAAGAAGCUGUAGAAAAAAUGGUCCCUAAAGGUAGUAUGGUGUUUCUUUGCAAACAGGAACUCUCCACUCCUGCAAUGCUAGAACGUCUACUAGUUGCUGGAGUUCAUGGUGCAGGCAGGGUAGGAGGAGCACGAGGACAGAUCGGGGAUGAAUUUGUGAGCUCAGAUGGGAAGCUGAUGUUACGCAGAUCACACUGUGGCUUCAUACUUUCUACUGCGGGAAAUGGACAGAGGAACAUGGCUUCUCUCACUGACAACUUUGAAAAAGCCCAAAUGUCGGCUCGUCUCAACAGAGAUUUAAAAAAUCUCUACCCUAUCCCUCUCAUUGCCUCGGCCCCAAGCUGCUGGCCUCAAGCAGUGCUGUGGUACUUAACAGAUCUGGCUUUGGUCAACUCCUGGCUCCUGUACCGACAGGAUCACAUGACAGCUUCUGCACUUUUAACUCUUAUGGCCUUCAGAUUGGAGGUGUCCAAGGCUUUGAUCCUCUCCAGCAGCUCAGACACCCAGGACUCAUUUCCCCCUCAACCUCCCACAGAGAAGGCCCAUACACCAAAUGAAAUGCCCAGUCCCAGACUAGUGGAAGACUGCCCUCUUCCAGAUGCAGCCACACGGUAUGACGGUUCAGGUCACUGGCCAGAGCAGCUUGGAGAGGGAGAAGGAGGCCGGUGUCGUUUUGGGGACUGUCAGAGAACAUCUCGAGUUCUAUGCCUUAAGUGCUGUGUCUUUCUUUGUAUCUCACGGAACAACAACUGCUUUUUGAAUUUCCAUAAUCAAGGGAGUUUGGGAAAACAGUAGUCUUUUAGCCUUUUAGCUUUUAGCUUGAACAUCUUACUGUCUUAUCUCGAUUGUAUUUGUGCUUUUGGUGUAUGAAAACAAUGCUAGUCAUAAAAGAGGUAUUAUCUCCCCAGUUCUUACAACUUUUUCAUGAUGCAUUUCAGUGGCAAUGUCAUUCCUUUGAUAGGAUAAGGAUAAUGAUAAUCACCUUUAUUGGCCAAGUAUGUUACACACAAGGAAUUUGUUUCCGGUGC